AUGGACUCCGUGCUGAAGAACGUCUGCUACUUUGAUACUCGGACCCUUGCGCUCAUCGUCAUCACGGUUCUCAUUCUUCGCAUUUUCUAUCGCGCAUUCCUGUAUCCAGAGUUUUUUACUCCUCUGUACGAACUUCCUACUCCGCGGGAACGGUCAUUGACUAGGGGAAAUUACACCAAGUCCGAUUCAUCAUCACAUUUCGCGCGUCUGCGGCAUUGGAAGGCAACUGUCGCCAACCGCGGCCUGGUCAGAUAUUACCUCCCAGGGAACCAGGAGAGAGUCCUCAUCACAAACGUGGAAGCCCUGAACGACAUUCUUGUCUCCAAAUCGUCUCAUUUCGCAAAGCCCGAAGCGGUCAAACGGCGUCUGUCCCGCAUUACAGGCAAUGGGUUGCUUCUAGCUGAAGGGGAGAUCCACAAGAUGCAACGAAAAAGUCUUAUGCCGGCGUUUUCUUUCCGACACAUCAAGGAUCUCUAUCCGAUAUUCUGGUCCAAGUCGGCCGAGAUGGCCAGGCGCCUCGAGACUGAGAUCACCAGUACCCAUUCAAAUAACAAAGGUGUUGUUGAGGUGAGGCGAUGGGCAACACGGGCGACGCUUGAUAUCAUCGGCUUGGCCGGGCUGGGACACGACUUUGACUCCCUUCAAACCCCGAAUAGUUCUCUCAUGUGGCAGUAUCGACAAAUGCGACAAGAUCCAUCUCGUUUGGAGAGUGCAUUGACUACCUGCCUGCUAUUCUUGACCGACUAUGCCGACCAGAUCGUAUCCCUCCUGCCGACCAAGCGGAUGGCACAGAUAAAGGCCGCAUCUCAGGCUGUCCGAACGGUUUGCCACGGAGUUCUUGAAGCCAAGAAGAAAGAAAAGACGUCAGGCUCAUCAGGCCAGGGAGGCAGUGAUAUUACGACUGUUGCCUUGGAUAGCCGGAUGUUCACUGAUAGCGAGCUGGUGGAUCAAAUGAUGACAUUUUUGGCCGCUGGACAUGGUACCACCUCCCACGCCCUGCAAUGGGCCGUGUAUGCGCUCUGCAAGCAUCCGGAGAUACAGGAUCGCCUUCGAGAAGAGAUUCGCUCGAAUUUGCCAUCUGUCACUGAUGGUGGAUCCGCUGUCUCGGCUACCGAUCUGGAUAGCCUGCCGUAUCUGCGUGCAGUUUGCAGUGAAACCCUACGAUUCUAUCCUCCUGUGCCGUCCACCAUCCGAGAAGCACUACAUGACACUACAGUUGCUGGCUAUCAUGUUCCCAAAGGCACCGUUUUUACCAUAUCCCCGGCAGUCACGAAUGUGGACUCGGAACUCUGGGGUUCUGAUGCGGGGGAGUUCAACCCCGAGCGAUGGAUGAAAGAGGGAUGUGCGAAUUCAGGAGGUGUUAGCAAUCAUUUUGGAUUUCUUACUUUUCUUCAAGGCCCACGCAGUUGCAUCGGGGCCACAUUCGCGAAAGCUGAAUUGGCGUCUCUGCUGGCUGUGCUUGUAGGUCGAUUCCGCAUGGAAUUGGAGGACCCCAACAAGGAAGAAGAAUUGACGAAGCGGGGAGUUGGUGCUGCCCCUGCGGAUGGAGUGCGUGCCCGGUUUGAGGUUAUCGAAGGAUGGUAG